AUGGCAUUCCAAUUAUUUGUAUUUGCUGCCGUAGCAGCUGUAGCCAGCGCCGGAGUUCUCCCUGCACCAGUUUCUCAUGGAUACUCUGCAGGAUACGCCGCACCAGUGGCUUACGCCGCCCCAGCGCAUUACGCAGCCCCUGCUCCAGUCGCCUACGCCGCACCCGCCCACUACGCCAAAGCCGUAGCAUACGCCGCCCCCGUUGUAGCAAAGACCUUAGUGAAAACCGUAGAAUACGAAGCACCAGCCCAAUACAGCUACGGAUACUCCGUGCAGGAUCCUUUGACCGGAGACUCCAAGAGCCAGCACGAGACCCGCAACGGUGAUGCCGUACAAGGAUCAUACUCCUUGGUCGAUGCCGAUGGCCACCAACGUACCGUCGACUACACCGCUGAUGACGUGCACGGUUUCCAAGCCGUUGUCCGCCGUGAACCUCUGCACGUGAAGGUCGCUGCUCCAGUCGUAGCCAAAGUAGCUGCUCCAGUUGCCUACGCUGCACCAGCCCACUACGCUGCACCAGCACACUACGUCGCACCAGCCGUUGCCAAAACCGUAGCUUACGCUGCUCCAGCUCACUACGCCGCUCCAGCUCAUUACGCCGCUGCACCAGUGCAUUACGACUCCGGCGUAGUGAGCUGGUGCGGCGUAAGCUACGGUUUUGGCAACGACUGGUGCGGCGUAGUGUGCUGGUGCAGCGUAGUGGGCUGGUGCAGCGUAGGCAACUGGAGCAGCUACUUUGGCUACGACUGGAGCAGCGACCUUCACGUGCAGAGGUUCACGGCGGACAACAGCUUGGAAACCGUGCACAUCAUCGGCGGUGUAGUCGACGUUAGAAAACACGAUUUGCUAGAUAUACUUUUGCUUGGCAACAAGAUCAAUUAUCAUUCCAAACGACUAUAUCAAUUUGAAAACAUGGCAUUCAAGCUCUUUGUAUGCGCCGCUGUAUUUGCUGUCGCUCAAGCGGGAGUUUUGCCUGAAGUACAGAGUUACACACCCCCUGCGGGCUAUGGAGCUGCGCCAGCAAUUGCUAAAGCCGCCCCUGCUUCAGCAGCCUACGCCGCACCUGCUCCAGUUGCCUACACCGUACCUGCUCAUUAUGCUGCUCCCGUCGAUGUAAAAGCCGUGGCUCCUGUUGCAUCUACCGCAACCGUCGUUGCAAAACCUGCUGUACCCGUUUCAUACUCCGUCCCCGUCAAGACCGUAGUUGAAGCCCCAUCUGGGUACGGAUACUCUGUACAAGAUCCUUUGACAGGAGAAUUUAUGAGCCAACACGCUACCCGCAGCGGAGACACCAUGCAAGGCUCCUACCCUGUUGUCGAUGCCGAUGGGCGCAAACGCACUGUGGAUUACACUGCCGAUGCAAUUAACGCCGGAUUACAUCGUGAACCCCUCGAACCCAAAGACCCUACACCAGUUGAAUCUAAAAUGGUUGAUCAAAUUCAAACCAAUGUCGCUGUAGCCAAAAUUGCAGUUCCAGUUGUUCCUCCCGUUUCGACAGAGGCCGCAGCUCCUGUCAACUAUGCUGCUCCAGCCGUACCUAAAGCUGUAACCCCAGUCGCUAACGCCGCCGCGUCUGUUCAAAACGGUGCUGCUCCAUCACACAUCUACCACCUAUAAUAUACUUCUCAGCCAAU